AUGCGUUGCCGCCGCGCCGCCGCCCUACUGGCGCUGGCCUUUGUGGCGCGAGCGCCGGGCUUCCUCGAGCCCCUGCCCUCGGCCUUCUUUAGUCGGGCGGCCCCGACUCCGACGCUGCGGCCGGCGUUUGCCGAGGCGGACAAGAGCUCCUGGUCUGCCGCGGAGCGACAAGCCCUGGAGUUUCUUGAGAAAAAGCAGCCCAAGUGGCGCAGGAGUUAUCUGGGGCCCAAGACUGAGGAGCAGGUGCGGGACACCUUCCAGGCCCUGGCUGGCGCCUGCGGAGGGGAGACCUAUGGCCUGCAGGCGAUGGAGCGCAACUUGGCGGUCAUGGUCUUCCUGCCCGAGCAGAUCACCAGCUCUGCAGAGUUUCUGUUCCAGGAGCUCGGGAGGGAGCAGGCCCAUGAGGUCAUCCGGAACAACCCCGGGGUGUUGACCAUCCCGCAAGAGUCUUUGAAGCAGAACAUCGGCGCGAUCGUGCCCUUGUCCAGCGUGGUCGGCUUUUUCGCCAGCAACGCGCUGCUCACGCAGGGGCUCUUUGCAUUGAUCUCGCUGGGCGUCAUCUAUGCGGUGUUGGUGGUGGGAGUGAUCCAGCCCUUGAUCAAGGUGAGGUCCAGAUCUGAGCUGAACACGUGGAUCAGAAAAGCGCAGCCCGGGCCGGGCGGUAUCCGCCCGGAAGAUUUGGAGGAUGAGGUGGAGUGCAAAUCUGAGGAUAGCAAGGAGAUCGCCUUGGAAUCGGAGGUGGAGGAGACCGAAGAGGAGUUGCGCCAGCAAAUCCAGGAGGUCCUGGCGGAGACGGGGCGCAGCCUGCGGCGGGGGCGGACCUUGGCCAUGCGGGAGGCCAUCAACGCAGCGAAGAAGCGCCAGGUGCCCAAGGGCGUCAUCCAGGAGGCCGAGAAGCUGCUGGAGGACCACGUGCUGCGGCACCGCCGCGCGGAGCUCGAGGCCAAGGCCGCGAAGUACCUCGCGCAGUCCCAGGACCUCGAGGAGUGUUCGGAGCUACUCGAGGAGGCGGAGAAGUGCAAGUGUCCAGAGCUGCAGCGGCGGCUGAAACAUCGCUUGGAGGAGCUGCAGAUCACCCGGCCCCUGACGCCAGAGGAGGUCACCCGGGCCGAAACCUGCGUCCGCCAGAGCUGCCUGCGCUUCCUGGAGCUGGCGGCCGCCGAUGCUGGGCGCGAGGUGCUGGUCCUGAAUCUGGACGCAGGGGACAAGAGCAGCGGGUCGCUACACCUGGACGCUCCGCUGCAGAACCUCACUCUGAAGCAGACCUUGGACGAAGGCGUCCGUACCCAGGGCUGUCGUCUGGCCACUCUGAGCGCCAGCUUGGCCCAAGACGACCGCCAAGUCCGUGAGCAGCGAGGCUUCUUGGAGUUGGAGCACGGGGAGCGCCACCACUGCGUGGCUGUCCACUGCGAGGUCAACGGCAAACGCCGGAUUUGGUGUUUUGUGGAGCCCUCCACGUCAGCCCGAGACCAUCUCCUCGAGGCGUUGAGAGUGUUGAGCUACAAAGACGAAGCCGAGGAAGUCGAGGACGACUGA